AUGGUGAGGAUCACGGUGACUACUGCAGCAAAAGCGGCUAUCAUCAAGUACUGCGAGCUGGGGCAAGCUGGAAAUGCAUAUGAUGACGACCAGGCACGAUUGAAUAACCUUGCAGCACUUGAUGUGGGCAGCCCAAUAGACCAUGCGGAAUUGAUGAGGAUAGCGAAGUCCCUGAGAGCCAGCAGAGUACAGAGCACCGGAAAGUCUUAUGACACACCAACCGUAUGGCGACUGGAUAGCCUACUUAGAGGCUCUUCCAUCGCUCAGCAGUCGACGCCACCUGUAGCGAAACCACGACAGACAGCAGAAUACAAAGCACUGAUGCGGAAACUGCGAGCCGACGAGGAACGACGACAAUACGACCGUAUGACGCAUGCUACUACAGUGCCGGAAACAUUCAGCCAGCGUUUUCCCCAUGCCCCAGGAUAUGGCUUCAACCCAGCGACAUCCCAUGGUCAGACCGGUAACGACGAAGACGACGACAUGACCUUCCAGGAUGUGAAUCGACAGAUGAUAUUGAUCAUCAACGUCCUGAUAUCCAUCAUCUGCUGCAGUGUUUUUAUCUGGGUAGCAGCGAGACGUUGGAGCGUACCACAGCGACUUGGACUCUCCAUGUCUGGCAGUGGCAUUGUCGCUUUUGCCGAGGUGGCGAUCUACUUGGGCUACAUCAAACGACUGGGCGACGCCAAGCAGAAGGAGAAGAAGGCGCUCGAGAAGAAGGAGGUUGUCGAGACGUGGGUCAUCGACAAAGCGAAGACUUCUUCAUCAGUGACCAAAAAUGAAGACCCUCUUCGUUUGAGGAAAGGGAAGCACGGUCUGGUCGACCUUCACGAUACAUAUGUGCGCUUCCAGAGGCCAAGCUGCGAAAUUUCCGCGGAGGACUUCCGUCAGGCCAGGUCGAUAGUAAAUCUCACGACCAUGGCUAACAAAGACUUUCACCACCCGUUCGAGCCGUACGACAUCCAGCUACAAUUCAUGACAGCAAUAUACGACUGUAUUGAGCAGGGAGGAAUCGGCAUCUUCGAGUCUCCAACAGGCACUGGAAAGUCGUUUAGCCUGAUUUGCAGCUCACUGACAUGGUUGCGAGAACAUAAGCGCCGCCUCUUCGAUGAAGCAUCUGCUACUGUUGAACUUGACGACGACGAACCAGACUGGAUGUCAGAACAUGCAAAAGCUAGCAGACAGCGUGAGAUGCGGCAGAUGCGGGAAGACUUCGAGGCUCGUCUUAACGUGGCUCGUGAGAAGGAACGGAAAUUGAAGGAACGUGCUGCAGGUAGUAGCAGCACGAGCAAGCGGAGGAAGCUGGCUACAGAUCAGCAUGUAACGACAUCUGAUGAGGAUGACUUUUUGCUAGACGACUAUGAAAGCGACGACGACCGGCAGGCAGCUUCUGUGCAACGAUCCACAUAUUCCGCAGAGACCUCGAAACUAAUGGAGCGGCUCGGCAUCAUGCAUCGGGGAAAUCAGGAAGGCGAGACAAGUGAAGUUGUCGAGGAACUCAAGGUCUUCUUCUGCUCUCGCACGCAUUCGCAGUUAUCUCAAUUUGUUGGCGAGCUUCAGCGUGUUCACUUGCCACCAGGCAUGCCGUCCGAAUCAGACGAUAAGUCAGAGGAGCCAUUGAAGCAUGUAUCUCUUGGGUCUCGCAAGAAUUUGUGCAUCAAUCCCAAGGUCGCCAAGCUACAUAGCCAGACGGCUGUCAACGAGAGAUGUGUUGAGCUACAGCAAAGUUCCACUCCCGCGGACCAAAAGUGUCCUUUCCUGCCUAGUAAGGAAAGCAGCGACCUUGUACUAGACUUCAGAGAUCAUACACUGGCCCAGAUUCGCGACAUUGAGGACCUUGCGAAUCUUGGUAGCCGACUCGGCAUAUGUCCUUAUUACGCUUCCAGAUCAGCUAUCGCGCCUGCUGAGAUUGUCACUCUUCCCUAUCCUCUAUUACUGCAGAAGACGGCCCGUGAUGCACUUGGCAUCUCGCUCAAAGGUCACAUCGUGGUGAUCGAUGAAGCUCAUAAUCUGAUGGACGCCGUUGAAGGCAUAUAUUCUGUGGAGGUAUCAUCAGCACAGCUGCAGCGGGCAAGGGAAGCUUUGCUGGUGUACCUCCAGAAAUUUCGAAACCGCUUGAAAGGCAGCAAUCGAGUCUAUGUCACUCAGGUGGUCCGAGUCAUCGAUUCCAUGCUGCAAUAUGUGCAUGAGGUUGAUGCGAUGGCAACUACUGGUGGCACGUUUCAGCCGUCACAGCUCCUGGCCGGCAAAGGCGUUGACCAGAUUAACCUGACAAAGCUGAUUCGAUAUAUCGGUGACAGCAAGUUGGCACGUAAAGUCGAAGGUUACGUCGCACAUGUCGCCCCGUCAGAAAAUAAUUCGGCCUCACUAGCGAAGAGCUACGACGGCGAUGUCAAUGUCCCGAGCCUGACGAGUAUACAGAACUUCCUUGCGACGCUCAUGAACCCCUCAAACGAAGGUAACUUCUUCUGGAACAAGCAGCACGGCGCAAGCACACUCCGGUACAUGCUGCUCGAUCCGUCUGAGCAUUUCCGAGAGAUUGUGGAGGAUGCUAGAGCAGUCAUCUUAGCAGGCGGGACUAUGUCACCCAUGGACGACUAUCGCCAGAGACUGUUCCCUUACCUCCCAUCGCUGAAAACUUUCUCAUGCGGCCACCUCAUUCCCACCAGUAGCCUAUUGGUCAGAGCCGUUGCCAGUGACGAGAGUGGUCCGCUUGAGUUCACCUUCAAGGCUAGGAGCAGUGAGACGGCCAGAAGGAUCGGCCAGGCGCUGCUGAAAAUCGCGCCUCAAGUACAAGGCGGACUCGUCGUCUUCUUACCGAGCUACGCAACGCUGAAGCAAGUGGCGGCAGCUUGGAGCAGCGAGUCGAUCACAGCGGACCUUGCAAAGAUCAAGCCCGUCUUUUGGGACAAUCAGACUGAAUCCGCAGAGACCACUUUCAAGGAAUAUAGCCAAGCCAUCAACACAAAUCGCCAUGGUGCAGUCAUGCUUUCUGUUAUUGGUGGCAAACUCUCGGAAGGUAUCAACUUCGCGGACGACCUGGGACGGUGCGUGGUGGUUGUUGGUCUUCCGUUCCCGAAUCUGCAGACAGCCGAGUGGAAAGCUAGACUUAAGUAUAUCGAUAACGUAUCAGUAGCCCGAGGUGAGGCGUCUGGCAAGGCUGGCCGUGAACAUGCAGAGAAUGUGUGUAUGAGGGCUGUCAAUCAGGCUGUCGGUCGUGUCAUCAGACACAAGAGUGACUGGGCAAGUAUCUUGUUGAUGGAUAGCCGCUACAAUCAGACGAGGAUCAGAGGAAAGCUGCCUGGGUGGAUCAAGAAGAGCUUCGCAGACAACAGUACGUCUGAUCUCGGGCAUGUGGUCGAAGAUCUUGCAACAUUCAACAAAGGCCGUCGUUCUGCAUAG